CAGUCUUAGCGCAAUGUUACUCUCGCGUAUAUAACCGCACGAUUGCGGUUGCCGAUCGCAUUGUAUCGCCCCCAUCGCGUCAUUCAAAGACGAUAAAGAUCGUGCUAAAAGUUCAACAGGUUAAGACGCCGAUACUCGAAAUCAUCAAUCAAACUUAUCCUUCGUUUGAAAAAAUUGAUAAGGUUAUAAUUAGUCGAUGCAAGAACGUGAUAAUGCGUUCAAAACAAUAGAGGAAAUAAAACUGUUUCAAUUAAUCUCGCUUCGAAUGAUAAAACCUUUGUCAGCACGAAUUUCUCCCAGUUUAUCUCUUCCUUGUUCGCGUCAUUCCAACUCAAAACAUUAUGUGUGAAACUUAUCUGUGUGGUUCUAUUUAACGCAACAAGUAACUGUUUUUUGUAUAAAUGCACUGCUGUUAACUGCAGGAAAAUGUUUUGAAUUGAAUUUUCGACAUGGAUUAUGUUAGCACCGUCUGCUGUAUUUUGGCGUUUCUGCUUUAUUACAACACUUUGGAUGCUGGAUUUGUUUACGACGACCGACGUGCUAUACUGAGUAACCCAGACUUGCUCUCCAAGACGCCAUGGUCUCGUCUUCUGGAAAACGAUUUCUGGGGAACUCCUUUGAGUGACAGUGGCUCUCAUGGUUCCUACCGCCCUUUGUGUGUACUAACCUUCCGCAUCAACUACGCUCUGGGAGGCUUUCAACCAUGGGGUUACCAUUUGGUGAACGUUCUUCUCCACUGUUUGGCAACCGUGCUCCUCAUCCGCGUAGCCAGAAUAAUUCUUCCGAAACCGAAAUCAAAAAUCGGAUCGAUGGUAACGGGUCUCGUGUUCGCGACGCAUCCUAUUCAUACAGAAGCCGUAGCCGGUGUUGUGGGAAGAGCAGACUUGGCUGCCUGUAAUUUUUAUUUUUUAUCGUUGUUAGCUUACGUCGCACACGUAAGAUAUAGAGAUACUCAAUAUUGUCACAGAUUCUGUAGAAAAAGUUCUAUAAUAAAGUCAGAUUCCAAACAGUAUCAAAAAAUUGUUUACGCCUUACAAAAAAAUGUCACUAGUUGUAAUUGGCCUAAAAGGCAUUUAAGAGAUAUUGAACAUACUGAACUAUCUUCCGUGAGUGUUUUUAUGAAAAAAAAGGAUAAUAAAAAUUUGUGUUGCUGGAAAAACAAUUUGAAAUUGUGGAUUUAUUUGGUUCUUUGUUUGUUGCUAGCAGUGGCUGCUAUGUUGAGCAAAGAAACUGGAAUUACGGUACUAGGAAUUUGUUUCAUAUACGAUUGGGUGUACUGCAUAUCAACUAAUAAGAAACAGAUCCGGAGUUUAUUAAUUCUCGCUUCAGCGCUUUCACUCAUCCUUGCCGCCAGACUACAAUCACGUACACCUCAUUUUUCUAGUGCGGACAAUCCAACAGCUAGAGAAACAGAAUUUUUUACCAGAUUCUUCACAUUCUUCUAUUUACCGAUUUUCAAUUUUUGGUUGCUAAUUUUUCCCAAUACUCUCAGCUUCGAUUGGGGCAUGGAGGCAAUACCCAGAAUAACAACGAUAAAAGAUAUCAGAAACAUUGUUAGUUUGGUGUUUUAUUACGGUAUUGCCGUAAUUUUGAAAAAAUGUAUGCUGAGAAUUAGGAAAAAAGUGAAGAGAGAAGAAAGGCCCAAAGAGGACAAUAAAUCAUGUACUGUAUGUCACAUGAACUGCUCAGAUAUACACUCUUCUUCCUGUAGAACAACCAACAACAAUAAUACGACCAAUUUUUCUUCUUCUUUUUGUGUAUGUUACAGCUAUUGCAGACCUUUAAUCAUUCAUCGACCAGAGAAAAGACAGCACAAUUCUAACGCCGCCAUUGUGCUUUCCUUCGCCUUUUUAGCUCUUCCUUUUCUUCCAGCAACUAAUAUGUUGUUCUACGUUGGAUUUGUAGUUGCUGAAAGAGUUUUGUAUCUUCCAAGUGCCGGAUUAUGUUUGUUAUUGGGAUUGGCUAGUGGAACAUUGUGGGAUAGUUACAAACGACACAGACCAGUUUUAGUGUGCGGGUUAGUGUUAGUAUUAGUGGCGUUUAGUGCAAAGACUGUUAUCAGGAAUAAAGACUGGUAUAACGAAGAGGCCUUAUAUAGGUCCGCCAUCCCGAUCAACCCACCAAAAGCUUAUGGAAAUCUGGGCAGUGUUCUCAGUAGUCAAGGGAGAGUGGACGAAGCUGAAAUGGCAUUCAGGAAAGCCCUUCACUAUAGACCCAACAUGGCGGACGUGCAUUAUAAUCUGGGGAUUCUACUCCAAGGCAAAAACAAGUUGGAUGAGGCCAUUCUGAGCUACCAGAGGGCAAUUCAUUUCAGACCGUCAUUAGCUCUGGCAUACGUAAACUUGGGUACAGCAUUAAUAUCAACGGGAAGAUGCCAAGAAGCUGCAUCUAUCCUGCGGCAAGGAUCCAGAUUGAACGGCACAGGACUGAAGGAUCGAAAAGAACAUGAGACUGCAAAAGUAUCGGCUUUACUUCAACUGGGAGCUCUUUAUUCGGACCAAGGAAGACUGCAAAGGGCUUUGGCGGCAUAUAGGGAAGCAGCACAUUCAUUACCUGAUCACUAUCCGCCGCAGAGCGUGUUCAACGUGUUGGGGGAAACUCUGGCCCGACUAGAACAGGAUGAGGAGGCUGAGAGGUGGUACAUUGCCGCUCUACAUGCACAACCCGACCACGUUCCAGCCCAUAUCACCUACGGGAAGUUACUCGCCAAAAAUAUGAGUCGGGUUGCGGAAGCCGAGCAGUGGUUUAGGAAAGCCCAGAAGAUCGCUCCAAAAGAUCCUAGCGUUUUCCAUCAUUAUGGUGAAUUCCUUGCAUCCCGACGGCGGUACAAGGAGGCGGCGAACAUGUACGAAAAAGCCGCCGAAUUACGCCCAGAGGAUUACGAGUUAGCUGUGGCUGCUGCGACAGCAAUGCGACAAGCUGUCCGGUAUCAAGACGCUGAAAGAUGGUAUAGAAAAGCUGUCUCCAUCAACCCAACGGACGCAAGGAGCCACACAAAUUUGGGGGCGAUUUUGCACCUGAACGGCAAAUAUCGGGAGGCCGCAGAUUCCUAUAGGGAGUCUCUCCGGUUACAGCCUAACGAUGUCACUACUUUAGCCAAUCUCCAUAAAUUGCACACCGUCAUGACUUGACAUUAAUAUAGUGUUUGAUAUCGGAAAAGGUAAUAUAAAAACUAUUAAAACUGUUAUUAAAGCCGAUUCUCAUAAUGAUGGUGUGCCUUUGAAUGGAUUAACUUACGCAGAUAUAAGUUGGAUAUCAAAGAGAAGCUGAUAAAAAAUUCUAAUACAUUUUGCCAGAAAUGUCCUCACACAAAAUAUUUCCAAUAAUAUGCACACAAUAUAACAUAUUCCUAACAUUAAAUAUUAUGGUAAAUAUGAGUUUUAUUAUACGGUUUACCCCAUCUAUAUUCAACAUGUCGUGAUUGUAAAUAUAUUGUGAAACAUUUUGAAUUUAGCGACAAUAAGAUUCGGAACAAAUCAUAAUUCAUUUGACAAAAAGUUUUCUUCUAGAUCGUAAUUUUUUUUUAAGAAGUUAUUUCAUCAACAAGAAGAUGUUAUGUCUGUUGUAUUAUCAGAAGAAUUAAGGAAUUAAGAGGUAAUGUCCAAUUUGUUACAUUAUUAACCUUCUGUUAUAAACAAAAUGUAGAUCUCGAGUUCAAUCUGCAUUGAAGGCAGUAGUAGAUUCACCAUGUUUGGUUAUUUCUAAGGAAUAAAAAGUAUUUUACUUUAGAAUUCGAUUUUAACACCGUCCCGUCAGUACAGUCGCAGUGUUUGGUAUUUGUUAGUUUUUGAAUACAAAAAAAUUUGAUUCAUGGAAGAUUUGAAAGCAAAAUGAAAUGGUUUCUUUUCAUGUAUGUUCAGAUGAUUGUCUUCCAACGACUAAAUCAUAGCAUGGACUUUUUAUUGAAAAAAGUAUGAAUAGAACAAUUUACCAACGUUUCAUUGGCGGAUUUAUGCUGUAAAUUGAGAAAUAUAGCUGUGAUGUAGAUCAUAUAUGAGGUUAAUCAUGUAUGAGAAAAAGAAUUGAACCAUAAAAUUUGUCGGGAUUACUGGAAAGUGAGUAAAACGACAUUCUUUUACUUAUAUCGGUACAAAGGUUUGCAAAGGGAAAGUUUUGGAAACAUUUUUUCCUUACGCAGUUGAAUUUAUCACUAUUUUGAAAUAUGUAUAUUACCAUGAAACCCCAAAUGUUAGAUUGUAGCCUUUUUAUGUCAUAUUAUUGACGUUUGUAGUUCACGAGGUGAAAAUAACUGUUAAGAUGAAUAGAAAAAUUUCAUUUGAGGAUUAGGGACAAAUUUAUCACAAAGAAAUACAGAAUAGCUGUAAAUUUUCCUGACUAAGAUGAAAAUGACAGAAAAUCAAACUUAAUUCUAACAAUUAGUAGAGUAGAUUAUUCAAGUGCAUAUAAACUUAACAUCGAAAUUAAAAUUCCUUCCAGUAUGAGUGAGUACGAACGAGAUUAAUAUCAUUGGAUAGAUUUUUUCAAUAAUGUUGAGAAGAGUAGUCCCUUCGCCACAAAAAAUGAAAUACGAAACACAGCUGACAAAUACUACGUUCCUCAUAUUUUAAAGUUUCUUCACUAUUCCCUCCAGAUAUGAGAUGAUUUUGGACAACAGUUCGGACAUGUUUACGUUUAUUCGUAUUAUUGCCGCUUGGCAUGAUACAAGACAACGUGCAAGAGAUUCCACGCAAUUUCUUGCAAGAUCCAAAUAUUGCAUAGUUGAAUAUUGUACGUUCCUUGACAUAACGCAAGUCUCUGGCCAUCGCAUCAUUGUUACCACUAAUCCAAAUUCCAUAAAUAAUAUCCUAACCUCAAAUUUUAUUCCAUAUUUUAUGGUCGGUUUAAAAAUAAAAAUAACAAAGCUAGCUAAAGUAAACAAGAAAAAGUAGUCAGCUGCUGCCUAGCUUUUGGAGUGUGAUGAACAGCCCUAGAAUGAAAAAAAAAACGAAAUUAUAUUUAAGAAUGGGCGAAGAAACGUUUGAGCAAAAUAAAACACUAACUAAGAAAUCCUUGGCGAAAAACAAAGUAUUAGCAGAUCAGAAACUCAUUUCUGCCUACAAUUACUGCAAUAAGAAUUACACCAAACCGAUAAUGUCGCAAGUGCAAGAUCUUGCAUGAAACAAUCAAUUGAACUUCAUCUGCGCAUGCCUUUGAUCAAGAAAUAUUGCGUCUUGAAUUGCAUUGCACAUUGUCCUGCAUCAUGUCAAGCGGUUUUUAUAUUCACUCUUCACAGUUCUUGCCAAAUGGUGAACAAACUCUCGCGGUUCAAAGAACAAGCUGUAAAGUGGAAAAACCGCAUCUACAUUUCCGUUACAUAAAAAUUACGAUAUUUUCAGCAGAUUCUCUAACAUGAGCUAUUUUAUUCAAACAAAAAAUUGAAACGUGACCGAGCGUGACUAAUUUUGAAAAUUGGCAAGAUUCGCGGUAUUUCUGGACACUCGACAAUUUUGAUUUUUGGUCCGGUUUUCAGUGCAUCGGGUACAAUAUGCUGCACUUAGUAUUCGAGGCACCGAACUAAUUUUUGUCAUAAUCAAAUGCUCCUGGAACAAUUAUCUUGGAAAUGUUGAUCUGUAUUGCAAUUUCUUUUGCUUUCAGGUGCAGGUCACUUAAGACAAUUUCUUUUACUAGUUUAUUGUUUUCUGGAGUUGUUACCGUUACAGAACCGCACGUGGGUUAUCUUCUAAUGAUUCUCGUCCUCAACGAAACAACUUUUAAUUAUUAAAAAUGAUGGAAGUCACCUUAAACCUUACUUAACAUAAACUGUUUUCGAUUUUUGUUGGUGUUAAUCCUUCUUUAGUAGUAAUUUUAUUUCAGCGCGAAACUCAAUUUGACAUUUUUCAACUUUACUGAGUGAUCCUUGACUAGAGCUAGGUGAUCAUACCUUUGUUAUAAUAGCUGGAAAUUAUACGAAUAUACAAACAUGCAAGUGAAGCUAAAAAAAGCGUGUUGAAAAGUACUUCUACGGGCUGAUUCUUGUCCUAUGAAUUUAUAUUUCAAUCAAACGUAGAUGGGAAUCUCAUCAAUUUAACUCCAUUUUAAUAUUCAUAUUCGUAUUUUCCAUAUGCUAACAAAAAACUCAUGGUUAAUAAUUGCUGAAAUAUCAUUAUUUAUUAUAUAUAAUGUAUCAAUUUCACAUAUUUUAAUUACCUGUUGAAAUCACGCAAUAUGAACCUAUUUUGAGGCAGAAUGUGCCUCGGGUAUUGUAGCGCGCAUGUGGAGUGCAUAAAUCUCAAAUUUUGUAAUGACCUUUUGUUUUUGAAUUGUAAUGGAAUUUCGAUAUUAAACUCAAAUAAUAAGAACUCCAACAACUGAAUUUUUCCUCAGCUUCUCAUUUUUCAUUCGAUUCUUUCAUUUUCAGAAUAUUGAAAAUUCGAAAACAAUCACACUUAUCUCAAUGUGAGGAAUUUCAUGAGAAAAUACGGCUACUAAUAAAAUUGAAAUAGAUGAUCAUACUAUUUCCAAAUUGGAUACGUUGCUCAUAUUUCAAAUGAUAGCUUAGUUCACAAAAACAAACAAACCACAACAAAAUAAUUUAUCAAUAUGUUCGAAGAACAAAUCCAAAUGUAUGGUUAACGCUACUUAUAAGUACAUGCCAUGGAAAUCAACUUUAUUUAUCAGCACUGUAUAUUCUACAUGGAUAUCCAAUUACUUUUAUGGUUGAGAAAUGCUUUGGCAUGAAAAUAUCCAUCGAAACGUGAGAACGUAAAAUUUUCUUAAGUUAUAUUCCGAAUUCUCAAAAAAUGAGUAAGCUCAUAGUUUUGAAAAUAUGGGUUUCGAAUAUUUGACAAGGUAGAUAGCUGAAAUUUGAUUAUGUUAUUUAAGUUAAAGAUUCGAUGGGAGCGCGGUAAGCCGUUCUUUGUAGACGCCAAUCGAUAUUUCUGUUAAUAUUGAAACCUCUAAAGCCUCGCAAUCGCAUGGAGAAGGUUGUAAUUCGCCGGCCGGUUUCAAUGCUACUGAAUCUAAUCAGAACAUUCCAAUAACCUCUCAUUCGAAGUGGCGUUAAUUGGAAAGUUUCUUCUAACUAUGAUUAGUGGAUAGUUCUAAAAAUAUGAUAUUUUUAUUUAUUCUUGCCAGCUUCUUUCAGGAUCUGUCGUUCCAGCCAUUCUUCACAAUAGUAAAUAAUUUUGAACGUCCGACGUUAUCUUUAUAAUACGAUCAGUGGCAUUCCAAGCAGUCCCCAUUUGAAUGAACAACACGUUCCUAUUGCAUGAAACAGCCUUGGAUGAUGAUUUUUGAAAUUAUCUGUGGUACAAUCGUCGCUUUAUAUUAAACCGUGUUUUUGUUAUCGAAAUUAUGUCCUUUGAGUAACAUUUUUUAAUCUAGGGAAUAACGAAUAUGAGAUGUUACGAUUGCUUCUCAACAGUAUUCGAUGUAUGCACUAGCACUUUUCGGUGGAGGAACAAUCACCCCUGGUCCUGAGAUAUAACAGCUUCCUUCCUAAUUAUGUGACCUAUCGAAAAAUAUUCAAUACAUUCCCAUCAACUUUCACUUUGUCUAGUUUAGUUUUUCAAAAAACAAAUUUCAAUUUGAUGCAAAUUAUUUUAAAUAGUUUUUCCGCAAUUUUCUACAACAAAAGAUGCCAUGUAGAAAAGAUGUGAAUAAACGCGACAAGUCGGUAACUGCUUACACCAACUAGUUCAUCAAUAAAAUUUUUGGUGAUCCCCAUAUCUAGGAGAGGUGACGUGAAGAUGUGAUAUUAAAGUUUCUCGAUAUUUUGAUUCAAACCUCGUAUUUUCUAAAUUAGUAGGUCAUGUAUCAUUCCCCUAUUUUCUCGUAUUAGUCCAGUCAAAAUAGACAUUUGACUUAGGCAAAAUUAACAUAGAGCUGAAAAUUGACAGAGACGUUGAAUACAUCAUUAUAAAUGAAAUGUCAAAAGUCCCCUUCGAUCCCAUUUCUGGCAAAAAAAUUUAUUCAAGGUCAAAAGUACAAAAUUAAGGUUUUUUCCAUUUUUAUCGAAAACACUAAGUAUUAUCGUCAAAGUAGGUCAGACAAAAGUUGUAGAUUAUACAAUUUUCUACAAAAAUGGUCCAGUCACUUUUUCUCUUACGACUCACCAUUCGUGAGAUAUCGCGGCUUUAAUCAUUAGAAAAUUCAUAUUUUACAUAAUAUGCACACAUUUCCGCACCUAUGAGGUAAUGUCUCUGUCAAUUUUCAGCUCUAUGCGAAUUUUGCCUAACUUAUGACUUAUUUUUGUCUAUUUUGACUGGAUUAUAUAUAUAUAUCUACAGAAUAACAAAAAUAAUGGAGAAAUAAUGAAGAAGAAUUAAUGAGUUAAAUCGCAAAAAUUCAUUUCGAAAUCAACAGUGAAUUUGUGUGUAAAAUUUGUUACUUUAUUGCCAUACAUAUCCUGCUGGGUAAAAGUUGAACGAUCUAGCAAAUUCAGACGCUAGGUUUGUUUUGUUUUUGUGAAUUUGUGGAAAAAGUAUGUCUAUAAACCACAAAUAUUCAAACACUUUUACAUGGGAAUAUUAUUGUGCAAAUGCCGUCUCACGGGACCAUCAUGUAGACAGGCAAGAAUGUAAGAUUUUGACAAUAUUACAAUUAAACUUUUAUAGUGAUAUUUGAUUAUUGAUAAGGAUACUAUUUUUAAAGUUAUAUUAGAACAUAAAAUCAUUUAGAUAUAGAUUUUUAAUUGUUUGUUAUUCAUUUUGCACACUGUAUUUCAUGAAUAACUCAUUUAAUAAGAUGAACAGUUAACCAAUUCACAGAUAUGAAUAAUUAAAGAUAAAAUACCAAGGAAGUAUCUCUUUUCUUAUUUGGAAAACUAUACGAAGGAAAUUGAAAUAUAUGAUUAAAUCAAAUGGAAAACAAUAUAGAGAUAUUGUAUGAAAUUCUCGCAAAUUUAAUAUUUUAGAAACUUUGUAUACAUGCCAGACUAUAUUGUGAAAGAUAAUGGAGGUUUUAUUGUUGCAUCAAUUUAUUAUUUCAGCGAGGUAUGAGGAAGGCACACAAAA